UUCUGCUAUGAGCCAAAAAUACAAAGAGAUGCACAGGAAUAGAUUCUUUGUUUUCAUGAAUUAAACUAAAUAUUCAAAUGUAUCAUUCAGUCUACCUCUUCUUUAGAAUAUCAACUCUGCAUAAAAUAUUGUAAUGGACUGCAAAAACAAGAAUCAGAUACCUGCAAAAAAAAAAAAAAACUACUUGGUAAACAAAGACUUCAAAGUAAUCAUCAUCCAUUCUAUAAAUUCCUACCCAGGAAAGGUAUUUUCUGCUCAAUUUCUGACAACCAUGGCUGCAAUAUUUCCUAUCCUCCUAGUUCUUGUCACCUCAUUUUCAUUAUCCCAAGCAACCCCAACAAAUUCUAGGCUCUUUAGGGAAUACAUUGGAGCCGAAGGAAAGGGUGUCAGGUUUUCAGAUGUACCUGUUAAUCCCAAUAUCGAGAUUCACUACAUCCUGUCUUUUGCCAUUGACUAUAAUACUUCUUCAUCCAAUCCUUCCCCAACCAACGGAUACUUCAGUGUGUAUUGGGACACGGACAACCUUACUCCUUCGGCUGUUUCCUCCUUUAAAGCCCACCAUGGAAAUGUCAAGGUGGCUAUGAGUCUUGGAGGUGACACCAUAAACGACCAGUUUGUGUACUUCAAUCCAAAAUCGAUCAAUUCUUGGGUUAGUAAUGCUAUUCAUUCAAUAUCAGAUAUAGCAAGCAAUUAUAGCUUGGAUGGUAUUGAUAUUGACUACGAACACUUCAGCACAGAUCCUGAUACAUUUGCUGAAUGCAUUGGGAGGCUUAUCUUCUAUCUAAAACAACAAAGAAUAGUAUCAUUUGCAUCAAUAGCACCAUAUGAUAAUGCUACCGUGCAACCUCAUUACUUGGCCCUGUGGAAGAAAUAUGGACACCUUAUUGACUAUGUAAACUUUCAGUUCUAUGCAUAUCCCAAAGGGACAAGCGUUUCUCAGUUCUUGAAAUAUUUUGAGAUUCAGAACUCUAAUUAUGGAGGUGGAAAGGUGUUGGUGAGCUUUGGAACAGAUGAAAGCGGAGGUCUGUCUCCUCAGAAUGGAUUCUUUGAUGCUUGCAUUAGUCUUAGAAGAAUCAACAAGCUUCAUGGCAUUUUCAUAUGGUCUGCAGAUGACUCCAAGAAGGAUGGUUUUCCUUAUGAAAAGCGGUCACAGAACUUUUUGGCCAACUCAAAAUGAUCUGAUCUCUCUCUCCAUUCUUCAAUAGGAGAAUUUUCUUAAUGAUUAUUCCAUAGCUGUGUUAACACAUUUGAAUCCUGAGCUUCUGUAUUAACAAAUAGGAAUUCAACUAUUGAGCUAAUAGUUCAAUAACAGUAUUUUCAUGAUACAUUUCUACAUAGAUGUGAAAUUUAUCCUUUCAACCACUGA